AUGAGGGCAAGGCUAUCGAGGAUAGCCUUGUGGUGGUCGUUGCUGCGGUUGACUAGUCUCGUCGAGCAUGUCACUUGCAAUGAUUUCCGAGGAGGUGGUAACAAGAGGAGGGUUCUGUCGCUACCGUUGGAUAGUGACGAUGAGUCGCGCCUGGUAUCCGCUAGCUCCGUGAGAGGUCAACGACUGCGAAGACAGCAACAAGUACCAUCCUUUGAGAAUCGAGUGGGGAAGAACUCAGCGCGAAAACGAAAGAAAAAGAAAAGCAGAAGUAGCAAGAAAUCAUCAAAGAAAAUGACCAAGUUAAAGAAAAAGCCUUCAAAGGGCAGUCGAUCGUCCUCGUAUGAUUCGGAAUUUCUACAACAAGACGAUUUCAACUCGGCUCAAUCCGAAUAUCCGGUUUUGGCCAUGGAGGAUCAGGGUGUCGAUACCAGUGAAUGCCAGAAUGCACUUCCCAUACAACCUGGAGAAACGGUCCGUGCCGAAGCUACCCAUGUGGUGGACUUCGGAACGGAUAUCAUGGAUGACUGCGACGGUGGCUACGAACUCGAGAAUCCCUUUGUCGAGGUAUUGGGGAUUUGGUUUGCCAUCGAGGGCACAGGUCAAAUGCUAAAGGCAUCGUCAUGUCCAGCUCUCAUCUCGGUCUAUCAGGGGAUGGAUUGUGGUAGCCUGGUCUGUGCUCCAAGCAGUCUUGCAAGUCCCCUAGGUUGCCAAGUGGAAUGGGUGUCCUCGGAAAUUGGGCAAAUCGACUACAUUUUGGUCCAAACCAUUCAAUUUACUGAUGGACCAGGAUUCGAAGUUCCAAUAGACCUGACCGUGGAGGAAAGUAAGAUUGAGCACGAGGAGGAACAUAGUCCCGUGAUGGCACAAGAGCUCACAAUUGCAGAGGUGCAAGAACAAGAUAUAAGCAGCAACGAUAAUAACGACAGCGAGGAAUCAAACUUCAACAGUGACAACGAAGGCGACAGCGUCAAUGCUCGACCGACGCUACGCUUGAAUGACAAAGACGUGCAACACUGUCAGCAAACAAACAGUAAGGCAAGGAUUGGAGACACCACUGAAGUGCUCGUGUUGAGGCCCAUGAGCAACACCAUUGGCUACUGUGAUGAAGGGAUUGGAGAUGGCAUCAAUUUAGACGAUGUCGACGUGCAGGUUCUGGGGACAUGGUUUUCAGUUUUGGGAACAGGGGGUGUGCUGCGGGCGUCGACUUGCCCUGCGCAAGUGACAAUCUUCACCGGGGAUAGUUGCGGCAGUUUGAAAUGUACAGAGUUGGUUUACGACCAGUUUGGCUGUCAUGUGGACUGGGCGUCCGAGGAGGGUCGAACUGACUUUCUUCUCAUUCAAAGCCUUGAAUUUGACAGUGAAGAAGAUGGAUUCACGUCUCACGUUUCUCUGACCCUAGUAGAUCUGGACGUGUCAGAAGACGCUAGCAGUGGAGGAACUACAAUUCAAGUCAUAAAGCCGGGAGAGGAAACGGAAGACAACAAUGGAGAGGGAACGGGAGGAAGCUUAAGUGCUAUUGAAGGCACCAAACCCGGAGACGAAAUUCAAGAAGAUGAGUCACAGAACACGGGAGGUACUACGUUUGAUGAAAUGGCAGGACCAGAUGAGUCAGGUGGCGAAGGAACCACACUUGAGAUCAUCAGCGGCCCCGGACAAGCGCAAGAUUCUGAAGGAACUACAUUCGAAGUUAUUUCAGGAGCAUCAGAAGAUCCUUACGCCGUUGUCUUAGACAGCCACCACGACCAAUGCCAAAAAGCACAGGAAGUUCAACCUGGCAAAACAGUGUUUUCUACGGCUGUGCAACUGGUCGGCGAUCUAGUAGAGUGUGAACAUCGAGUCAGCUUUCAGGGGUUGGGUGUGCCCGUCUUGGGGGCAUGGUUCAGUGUGGCCGCUACUGGCGGUCCUCUUAGGGCAAAGGCCUGCCCGGCCAGGAUAACCAUCUACCAAGGCAUAUCAUGCUACGACUUGGCUUGUACCGCAGACGAAAUCAACGAAUUUGGCUGCGAAGUUGAGUGGACGUCUUCCAGGAAUGGGCAGCUGGACUACAUUCUGGUUCAGACUAUUGCCUUGGAUGUUCAAGAUCAUGAAUUUUCCUUUCCUGUAUCGCUACAAAUAGACGAACCAAGUGUACAGCGUUCGCUACCCAUUGGAUCACCCGAGGGACAAGUCAUGAAGCAUUGCACUGACGCAGAAUCGAUUUCUCUUGGAGCAAGAGUUGUUGUUCCCCUGGACCAACCUAUUGGAGAUGCAUUGAAUUGCGCUGGUGUUGCAGCCGCGGACGAACACAGCUUUGGUUCGUGGUUUACAAUGACCGCUUCAAGCGACAGUGAGCUUCGAGCUUCCGCAUGUCCGACUGAGGUGCUGAUAUCUAUCUACGAGGGGGUAUGCGGAAACUUGCGCUGUGUAGAAACGGACAUCGGGUGCGACGUGAACUGGAGGCCUUCAGCCGGACGCGGAGUCAGCCAGUUCAUCCUUGUGAGCACUGCACAGCAGAGUGCUGGUGCUAGUCGACAAACGACGCUGAUACUAGAGGAGACAUGA